AUAAGAAGCCUACCAUUUCCUCUCAUUUCAAACCAUUUUACUACAACAGUCUCAGCCUUUUGCUUUCUUUUUCUUUUUCUAUUUCUGCCACUCCGAAAAAGCAAAGAGAGAUUAAACAAAGAAGAAAUUAGAACAUGAAGAUAAGCAGUAGUAGUGCAGCAGCCAUGGGAGAGUCCAAGAAGAAGAUUUCAUGCAGAAAGCUUGGAGGGUAUCUCAGGGAACAAAAGGGAAGGCUAUACAUUAUUAGAAGAUGUGUGGUUAUGCUCCUUUGCUGGCAUGAAUAAGAUACUCAUUUUCAGCACAAAUUAAUGAGUAUUUGCUGCAAACUUGGAACUGAAAUGAAGGAUUCAUCCACCUUUGCCUGUGUGAAGCAUUUUUGCAGCUAAUUUUAAGCUUUCUUUUCCUUCUACUUCUGCCUCUCCAAUUGUAAAUAUCAAAACAGAUCAUAUCUUAGGACUUUUAGGGAGUUGCUUUUACUGUUUGCUUGCUUUCAGACUGAAGUUUUACAUAUAUACUUUCCAUAUUUUUCUCUUCAUUUGCAUUUGCAGAAGUUUAAUCACUUGCGUUUUAGUUUGCAUCAUUGAAAAAUGAAGCUUUCAGUCACUGAAAAUGAUGCAGGGAUAAGAACAGAAAAGAGUUAAAAAGUAUUGUCCAAUUUGGUGAUGAUUGGUGAGGAUUUUAUAUAGGGAUUUCAUUAGUUGCAGUGUUGUAAAGUCAUAGGCAUAAUAGCUCUACUGAACUGUAAUU